AUGGCGGUCGGGUUCGGGGGUUUACUUGCCAGACUCCGAGUCUGGUGGCUGACUCCGUAUCACUCUGAAUCGAUGAAAUGGUCUUACAAGGAGAAGCAACACCAUGAAUGGAAGCUACGUCUUUCGUUCUUCCACCGCAAUCUGCGGCAGAGCCUUCUCCGGAAUCUUAGAGUCACGCGCGCCAACAUGAAGGGUGCUUGGGUGCCUGGCAGCAUUGUAGGUACAUACAGCACCCGUACCUGCCUGUACCUGGCGCAGGGCUACGGAACCAUGGCCAAGGCUCUGCUGCAGAAAUCCGGCACUCCAACCACGAUGGACUCACUUGUUCAGGUACGACCACAAGGUCCGUCGGGCGUCUCCAUACCGAGGCAAGGUACCCAAGUACUACUAAACCCCAUCUGUCUGUACGAGGUCCCGCUUGCGCGGCGGUAUGAGAAGGACGCCGGAAACACGGGGUGGCCAAGGUUGAGCGACGAGGGCCCGCGCUGUCUCUGA